UCAUGCAGUUGAUCUUCUUGCAUGCUAAGAGACAAGCACUGCAGCUUUUCAACCUGUAAGCACUUUUCUUAUUGCUCUCCGAGAACAAGAUUCUGUUUUCCUGGUGGUUCCUUGGAAUAUUGUUGCAAUUCACCAAAAAGUGUUUUUUUGUUUUGUUUGAAAGCUGCCAAGAUGGAGACUAUAACACCUCGGUUGAAGUUGCUGAAGAAGCGGCGCUCCAGCCUCUUUGUUACGAUCAAACGGGAAAUGAGCUUUUCGAAAAGCAUUGAGGAGCAGGAAGCUGAAUUCCCGUUUUCCCAGGACAGUUCUAUAAAGCUCUGGACGUCCAUGGACAACCUGGACAAUCCCGAUGGACAGAAACCUCGGGGAAAAGAUGCACCAAACCUGAGGAAAUCCAACAUAGUUAACCUCAACGUGGGUGGAAAGGUGUUCCACAUCCCCAAACAUUUGGUCCUCAGACACCCAAAAACCAGGAUAGGAGUUCUUGCCAUGUGCCAAGAUCCCGUCAAGCGGCUGACGCUCUGUGACGACUACAGCGUUCAGAACAACGAAUUCUUUUUUGACCGAGACCCAACGUUUUUCCACUACAUCUUCCACUUUUACUGCAGCAAUGUCUUGUGGGUGAUGGACAGUCUCUGCCCCAUCAACUUUGAAGAAGAGAUGUCCUUCUGGGGCCUGAAAUUGAAGGACACUCCCAGGUGCUGCCGUAUUCUGUUUGAGGAGAAAGUGGAUGACAUAAGAGACCAACUGAAGGUCAACCAGGAGCUUAUUGACGAGAUUAAGCCUCACCAGGACGACUACGGAUACAAGGAAAUGUUUCUUGGCGGCUUCCGGAAGAUUCUCUGGGACCUAAUGGAGAACCCUUACUCGUCCAUGUCCGCCAAAGCUUUUGCCGUGUUCUCCAGUCUCUUUGUGCUCAUCUCAAUCGUCUCCAUGACGUUGAACACGGUGAAGGAGCUCAGGCAGUACAAACUGGCCGGCAAAACCUACAUGGAGUGGGUUGAAGUGAGUUCCAUCCUCUUCUUCACUCUGGAGUACUUUCUGCGUUUGCUCACCACCUCUGACAUCAAACACUUCGUCAAGAGCGCCCUCAACUUUGUGGACGUGGUGGCCGUCAUGCCCUAUUUCAUCCAGAUUAUGUUUGAGACUUUUGUCAUCGAUUCGGAGGACUUAAGCCAGAAGGAAGAUUUGAAGGCCAUGGCGAGGGUCAGCAAAGUCAGCAAGGUGCUCAAAGUCGUCAAGCUCAUGCGCAUCUUCCGUAUCCUCAAGCUGGCUCGUCACUCCACAGGCAUGAGGGCCUUUGGCUUCACCAUUCGCCAAUGUUCGGAGCAGGUGUGUUGUCUGUUUCUCUUCAUCGCCAUGGGCAUCUUCACCUUCUCAGCUCUCAUGCACUCCGUGGAGGUGGACCAGCCUGGGACGCCAUUCAGCAGCAUCCCGGAUGCCUGGUGGUGGGCAGCGGUGAGCAUCUCCACCGUGGGCUACGGAGACGUGGUCCCCAUCUCCUAUCUGGGCCGCUGCGUGGCCUUUGGCUGCAUCUCCUUCGGCAUAAUCCUCAACGGCAUGCCCAUCUCCAUUCUUUUCAACAAGUUCUCCGACUACUACGCCAAGCUGAAGGAGCAAGAAUACACCUUUUCCAACACCGAGCGGGCCUUCCAUCUCCAGAAGCGCCUGCGGAACAAGUGCGACAGCUGCUUCACGCCGCAGGCGGAGGACUCGGACGACGAGAUCCACUAUCGGCCCAGCGGAAGGCAAACCCUCUCGGAGGAGGAGGAGGAGGCGCAGGAGUGAAAAAGAACGAGGAGGAAGGGAGGCGACCAUAUUGGAACCUCGCUAACCUGAAAUGGCCUUAUCACGCUUGGUGCAGGGCUCAAAUUUAACCGCGGAAAAUGCCGCGACCACCCUCGUCUUUCGCUGUAAUGCCCAAAAAAUUGACCAACAUUUGCGGCAAGAACUUGCCGUGACCGCCCUUGACUUUUUACUUGUUAAUGGACGAGGGAUGUAACAGUAAACGGUAUAAUGAUAAUUUGCGAUAGUUAGUAAUACCGUUUAAUUUUUUAAUUACCCCCAAAAAAACGUCAUUUAUUAAUGCAUUUUCGGCAACAUGAAGUCAGACGCACGCGCACUAGCGGUGUUUGGCUUAAUAAUCAUGGCGGACUAACUACACAGACUUUGCUGCGGAGAUUUCCCGUUGGAGUAAACAGAGCCAAGCGCUUGGUUUAACGUCAUUUUCCCUCGCUUCCCGCCGUGUGUUUAAGAGCACACUGCUGUGUUUAGAUGGAGACAGGUGUGGACAAUAUUGGAGACACUUGUCCCCACACUAAAAGUAUACAGCGAAAGAGAAAACUAUUUGAUGUUUUGCAGCAGGCGAUGUGUCGUGAACGUUGUCACAGCUUGUUUAUAAAGUCUUUACUUUGUUUACUGGGAUGUUCACUCCUCCUUUAUUUAAUUGCAAACUAUAUCAGUGUUCAAAUAACAGCAAUACUGGCUAUAAUGUUUUGUCAUCUCAUCGAACUGAACAAAGGCUGUGAAGAUUGUUUAUUCAAUGUGAAAGGGAUCACUCCUGUUUUUUUGUUGUUGGCCAAACUGUUGUACUGAAACACCAGGGAGGCGUUGGAGAAGAACAAAGCUUGUUUACUAGACUUCAUCUUCAUUAGCCAAACUGCUUGGUGUUUUAUUUUGAUAUAUAAUUUUUUUCAUGUCAUUAUGGUGUUACUUCAAAAAACAUUCAUGUGACACAUCAUUUUGUUAAUGUUUUAUUGUGUAUAGUUAAUUCCUAUAUGACAUAUUUCUGCUCAAACUCUUAAUGGAUCUGUCCCGAUACAGCAUGCACAUGUACAUAUAAAUGUACAUCACUUAAAUAAAUUAAAUAAAUAAAAACUCUCUCUAUCAAAAUGUAAAAAUAGAGAUAAAGGCAUCAUGUAAUGACAAAAAGCUGACAAGUUGAUGUUAUUAAAGAAUUUAAAAAACUAAUAUUUUUCUAUAAAUAUAUGGAUAAUGUUUAUCUAUAGUCUUUUUAUUAGACAUUAAAAAUGACAUGAUGGUAUUACGUUCACACCCCAACA